GUUUUAUUAUUCUUAUUUCCACAGAUUGUCAUCUCUUCCUUUUAACAAGUUCAUAAAAGAAACUCCACUCGCCUACACACACUGUCACACAGACCCUAUCAAUAAUCUGAAAAUAAAGUUUCGUUAUUUUUUUUUUAGCGUGAAGAAUUUGGAGGAAGAGGGUAGUUGAGUUUCAAUUCGAGGUCUUGCAAUGGCACCCAGUUUUGACUUUGCUUCUAGCCUCCUUUGCACAGAGGACAACACCGUUUUCGACGAGAGCCAUAAUAAUGGGGGUACGAUGAUGUCGAUGAUGGGGAUGUGUGAGGACACGUGGAGUCCUAGGAAGCGCCACUUUGAUGAAGAGCCAGAUGAGUUGCCAUUGCUGAGUGAUGAAAGCUUGGCGAUGAUGGUGGAAAAAGAGUGCCAACACUGGCCUGGUUUGCGUUGCUUGAAUAAGCUUCAAACUGGGGAUUUGGACUUCGGUGCCAGAAUGGAGGUCGUUGAUCGGAUUCUCAAGAAAGGAAGAGUUUGGACAAUGCAAUUAAUGGCUGUGGCGUGUUUAUCAUUAGUUUGGAAAAUGUUUUUUAUUUUUCUCUCAAUGUUUGCAGGUAGGAUGGGGUCCAAUCACAAGAUUAAAAAAAAUACAUGGGUUUUACUUUGUUACACUGUGAUAAUUUUUUAGUUGAUUACUUUUAAUAGAUGAUAAAUGCUGAUGAUGGUUGUUUAGUUCAUGUGUUAAUUCUUCACACAAUAGCCCUGUUGCCAAAAGGAGGAAGUUAAACAAAACCUGUGGAGCUGACCUGUUGUAGUGAUGUGGAGUGGGGAUUUUACCAUCAUACAUAGGAUGCUUUUCCCAAAAAAUGGACAUCAUGUGUGAUUUAUGGAAGAUGCCCCCCUGAAAGCAAUAUCAAAAUGAGCCAGGAACACAUAUGUUGAAAAAAUUUAUUUUUUAUUUUCUCAAAAAGAAAAAAGAGACCCUAGUGUAAAAAAUACAAAAAACUAUUUUAAGGUGAGGUGGGUCAUGAGGGGAAGAUGGGUGAUCAAGUGAACAGUCCAAUACAUUGCAUGCUAUUGGCAUGAAGUGAGUAAUCACCAGCUGUUAAAACUAUAUUAAAGCUUUCAAUACCAGUUUCUGCAGUUGCAGAAAUAUGAGUUUCUAAAGUCAUCCAAUAGUUGCUUCCAAUCUGAAAAACCGUGGUGUCUGCAGGGGGUUUGGGUUUUUUGGGGGUUAGGGUUUUGGAGGGGAAAGUUGGGGGCAGUGGUGGCACCGGGAAGAAGGUGGAGAGAUGACAUUGGGAAGGGGAGAAAGGGAGAGGGAGAAGGAGAAGAAGAAGAUGAAGAUGAAGGAUGAUGAAGAAGAAACACAGGGGUUGAGUGCCACGUUGGAUGGUCUACGUGACACUAAAUUGCCAACAAUGCACUUCACUAACGGCAUUACUUGAAUCUAACGACGAAGACAAUUUUGCAACACUUAUACAAAGAUAUGGAUUAUUUUGGAUUUAACAUUAAGUUAGGGAUUAAUAUGCAAAAAAAGGUACAGGGACUAAAUUGCCUAUUUACUUUUCUAUGUAGAAGUUUCUCACAUGCCAAACUCACUUCCACCCUUUUCAAUUGAGCAAUAAUAAACAUACAACUCACUCACUUUUUUGUUC